AGUAGUCGGCGGCUGAGAGAGAAACUGUGCGGACGUUGGGUUUGGUUCAAGUUUUACAGUGACAUUUCGCUGUGACAAUUUUCAACAGUGUCUAGCGUAAUGUGAACUAAGCCUUGGUGCUUCUGCACUUGCCAUGUAAAUGAAGAUAUCUGGCGCAUGAUUUGCAAUCAACGGUUCGCCGAUAUAAGCUCUGUGUACGAUCGUGCGUUUUAGUGCACGAAUGCUGAUAACUUAUCCUAGCGUCAUUGGAAAUUACAACGCUCGUAGAAGCCUAAGAUAAACUAAUACAUUUUCAUUCACGAAAAGAGGUGAACGUAGAAAACAGAAACGAUGGAUGAAAGCAAUGAAAUAUUGGUUUGUGCAUCUGAAUAUUUAAAAGAUCGGUUAUACUUCGUGACACUGCGAACUACAGUGAAGCCUAAGUCAACGCCAAACACCCACUAUUUCAAGAUAGACGAUGAGCUGGUUUACGAAAAUUUUUAUGCGGACUUCGGCCCUUUGAAUUUGGCAAUGCUGUACCGAUAUUGUCAAAAACUCAACAAAAAAUUGAAGUCCUUCUCACUUGCAAAAAAGAAGAUAGUGCACUACACGACGAUGGACGCUCAAAAGAGAGUGAAUGCUGCCUUCCUAAUAGCCUCAUACGCUGCUGUUAUGAUCUGCACCGCAUGCUGUUGUCAGGGAACGGAUGCAUCCUUUGGCCUAUCUGUGUAUCAUGUUACGCUUUUGGAUUGUCUAAAUGCUGUUUAUAAAGCUUUAAAUUUAGGGUUUUUCAAUUUUGAAGAUUUUGAUGUUGAAGAAUAUGAAUACUAUGAGAGGGUUGAAAAUGGAGACUUAAAUUGGAUAGUACCUCAGAAAUUCAUCGCCUUCUGCGGACCUCACGCUAAAAGCAAAAUAGAAAACGGGUACCCCUUGCAUUCACCAGAAACAUAUUUCACAUAUUUUCGACGGAAUAAUGUUAGUUCUGUGGUACGACUUAAUAAAAAAAUCUAUGAUGCAGCCCGAUUCACUGAUGCAGGAUUUGAACAUAGAGACUUGUUUUUCAUUGAUGGAAGUACUCCAAGUGAUCAGAUUCUUAGACAAUUCAUAAACAUCUCUGAAAAUGCUCCUGGAGCAGUUGCAGUACAUUGCAAAGCUGGUCUUGGUCGCACAGGCUCAUUGAUAGGGUGCUAUAUUAUGAAGCAUUAUCAUUUUACUGCUCAUGAAACAAUUGCUUGGAUUCGAACAUGUCGCCCAGGAUCGAUUAUAGGUUAUCAACAACAAUGGUUGGAAGAAAAACAGUCAUCAAUGUGGCUACAGGGAGAUCUGUUUCGUUCACAAAAUGGCCAAGAUGCUAAUUGUUACCCAGUGCAUCAGUAUGGAAUUUACAGCAUAAAAGCCAAAUCCUUAUCUCUUGAAUCUACUUUUCUUACUGCUGAUAAUACCCUUGAUUUAAAAACACCAGACAAUGUAUCUCGUAUUCUUCAAAAAGUAGAUACUAUGAAACUGGAUGAUCAAGAAGAUGAGAAUAAAAAUGAUUCCUGUCAUUCCAAAUUAGAUCUUAUUGAGGAUGCUGCCAACCAAAACAACGGAGAGACAAAAAGAAAUAGCCAUAUGACCCAAGGAGACAAAUUGAACCAAAUUAAAGCGUUACGAAGGCAUCCUCGUUCAAUUACUACCGGAGCUUUGCAUUUAGAAGAUGGACGUCCACAUACCAGAGCAAAAUCCCAGCCUCUUCGCAGUGGUCAGCCAAGUCCAGCUCCUCAAACAAUUUUAUCACCUCUGAAAGCUACUAAAGUGAGCACAACCAUUGUUGCUGCUCAUAAUAAAGAAAAGGAUAAGGAAAAAGAACGUGAAGUUGCAUCGGCCAAGAGACCUUCACGGACUCCAACUACUGUCACAAAAAGAAACACGUGGCUUCUAAAUUCCAUGUAUGGAUCAAAUCGCUCUCUAAACAUCAGCAAGGUGACCUUAACCCAUCCUACACGUCCUGUCACUCGAGCUACCAGCAAAGCUACACCUACUACCUCCAGUCCUGUUCCAUCUUCCAGCCUGGGCAUGACACUGCGCAGUGCUGAUCGAGUCUCCAGAUACCAUACCAUUCGCCACAGGAGUUGUCCCCGCCCCAGAAGAGGCACAUUGCGCAAACAGUCUGUUGGUGCUGAAGUCGAGAAACCCAGCACAACUACAGGCCCACGACAUAAACCUUUGUCGGCCCCACCUGUCCGCCCAGAAUGUAUGGAUCGUUCUAAGCGAGCUUUGAGCAACAGUCCAUACACAUGUUCAAUAUUAAUGUUCUAUUGUUUAAUUAAAAAAUCUUUUAAAAUGUGGAAUAUAAUAAAACUAGUAGAUAUGAUUACAAUUAAU